AGGCGUGCGUAUAAGCGUUAGUUUGGAAGCAACUGGUGGUUGUCUAAAGUCAAUCGUUACACUAGUAGAACUUUAGCCUAUCGCCAAGUGAUUGUGAUAAGGAGGGUUAAACAUAGAAGUUGGUGACGAGACAGUUGCAUUUUUGUCGUAUUUUUGAAGCUUGUAAUUAUUCAAGUUUAAAAAAUAGGUACGAUGGCUGAUAAAAGAAAUGAUGAAGAAAAAGCAGACCCCAAUGAAAAUGACAAAUGCAUUGGAAACAAGAAGGAAGAUGAGAAGAAAAAAAAAUCAUGGAAGGAUUUUUGUGUUGCUAACAUGAAAGCCCUUCUAGUGAUCAUAAUUUUAUGUGUACUUCUGUUUAUUGUAUUUGUUGUGAUGUUGGUAUUUGCAGUAAAACUGAAACGCUUACAGGAGCCAGGCCCUUCUCGGUGUUUAAGUUCAGGGUGUUUAAAAGUUGCAGCUGAUGCAAUAGCAAGAAUGGAUACGUCUUAUGAUCCUUGCACUAAUUUUUGGGUAUAUUCAUGUGGAAAUUGGAUGAAAACUCACAAUCUAACUGACGAUAAAGGUUCGAGGAAUGUUGAAGAUGUGAUGAGAGAUCAAAUAUUUCAUCAGCUACGUUAUUUGAUUGAUUUGGUACCCUCAAGGGCAGAUGAGCGAACACCAGAGUGGAAAGUUAAGAGAUUUUUUACAUCUUGCAUGAAAACUGAAGAUAUAGAGUAUUCUUCAUUUAAUAACCUCAGAAACAAGAUAAAUGAGCUUGGAGGAUGGAAUAUUGUUCCCAAUACAUGGUCUUUGCAAAGAUGGGAUGUAGAUAAAUUGGUUGAAAGACUUCAUAAGAAUUAUGGAGUUGAUGUUUUUUUCAAAAUAUCUGUGGAUAUAGAUGACAUAAAUCCUGAAAUUAUCAUAAUUAAGAUGGAACCAGCAGGUCUCGGAUUACCUGACCCUAGUUAUUAUGAGCAAUCUAAUCUUGAGCAGAUAAUGCCAUCCAUAGAGCUUUUGUUAAAUCCUGAGGAAAGCUAUAAGAAGAUGACUGUGGAUGCAUUAAAAAGUUUGGCACCUAAAAUCAAAUGGCUGGACCUUCUACAGGCCUAUUUUCCUUUAUCGGAAAUAAGUGUUGACACUGAAGUAGCUAUUGUACAUCCACAGUAUUUCAGGGAUCUCUCCGACUUCCUUAUUGCGAAGGGAAUAGAAGAAAUAAACAAUUAUCUAAUGUGGAGGUUGCUAUCUCACUAUGCCGAUCACCUUCCUGAUCGCUUUCGAAAUUUGCAGAAUAAAUUCAGACGUUUCCUGGAAGGAGUGGAAGACCAAGAAGUUCCAGUUGAGGAACGAUGGCACUUCUGCAUCAGACAAACUAACCGUUACUUGGGUUUGGCCUUGGGAAGCAUGUAUGUCAAGAAAUAUUUUUCUCCAGCUUCAAAGUUGCAGGCUCGUACUCUAGUCAAUGCUAUUAAAGACACUUUUGUGGAAGAGAUGGGAGAUAUUUCAUGGUUAGAUACAACGAGCCAGGAAAUUGCAAAAGAAAAGAUUCUCUCAUCAUCUGUAUUGCUUGGUUAUCCUGAACUUAUGACAGAUUAUCAUGCAGAGUUAGUUGUGCAAACUGAAUAUCUGGAAAAUAUUUUUGCUGGAGAGUAUUUUCUUAGAGAGAAGAAAAGGGAUCUUUUAAUCAGGAGUCCUGAUCCAGAACACAGGUGAGAACACUCAUUGAACUGA